AGUCAGCCAUAUUGAAUUUUGGAAUUGACUUCCAAAAACAUCAAUAUUUAUUCGUAAAGCUGUGAGAAUACUCCUCCGAGAUGCCGCUACCGGCUAGAGGGGCAAGGCAAAAUGAGCCUGUAGAGCCAAUGCAAAUUGAUAUAGCACCUGAAGUAGACCAACAAGCUGUCGAAGAUAACUUCAUCAUAGAAGCCGCUACMAUUGAUCUUGAUGUKUAUGCUUCUAACUAUGUUGGUUUAACCAAGUUAAACCGGCUUUUAUUUGUGGCAAAGCAUUGCCCUGCUUUAGAAAUAGAUGCAUUAAGAAUAGCAUUAAACUAUGUCAAACAUACAUUUAAUGUCCAACUGUAUCAAGAAAUCGUUCAACGACUWAUAGAGGCUUGUAACCGACAUGGCGAUAUUGAACCACCAGCAGUCGAAACAACCUGGGUUGARACUACAAGUAAAAAGUCUGCAUUAAAGCUUGAAAAACUCGACACAGACUUGAAAAAUUGUAAGACUAACUCCAUCAAGGAAAGUGUUAGGCGUGGCCAUGACGACCUCGGUGAUCACUAUUUUGAAUGUGGAGAYUUAAAUAAUGCACUAAAAUGUUAUUCCCGAGCACGAGAUUACUGCACWACUACCAAACAUGUUGUGAACAUGUGCUGGAAUGUGAUUAAGGUCAGCAUUCAUAUGGGUAACUGGGCUCAUGUUUUAAACUACGUCAACAAAGCCGAAAACACAACAGAAAUAGCUGAGAAAGACAAAAGUGCUGUUCGUAACAUGUCAACGUUGACCAAACUCAAAUGUGCUGCAGGUCUGGCAGAGCUUGCAUCAAAGAAGUACAAGUCUGCUGCCCGCUACUUCCUGCAGGCUCAGUUUGAUAACACAGACUGCCCAGAGCUUCUUUCAGCCAGUAAUGUAGCAAUAUAUGGUGGUCUUUGUGCUCUAGCUUCUUUUGACCGACAAGAAUUGCAAAAAAAGGUUUUAUCAAGCAGUUCAUUCAAGUUGUUUCUGGAGCUUGAACCUCAACUACGCGAUGUUCUUUACAAGUUCCACGAGUCACAGUACGCAAUGUGUUUAAAACUACUGGAUGACAUGAAGGAUAAUUUCAUGCUGGAUAUAUACCUAGCUCCCCACGUCAAUACGCUGUACAGCCAGAUCCGUAAAAGAGCCUUAGURCAGUACUUCAGUCCUUACUUGUCAGCGGACAUGAGUAAAAUGGCACGCGCUUUCAAUACGUCAGUGUCACGUUUGGAGGAUGAGUUGUCUCAGCUGAUACUUGAUGAACAGAUCAAUGCAAGAAUUGAUUCACAUAAUAAGGUACUAUAUGCCCGUGAGGUCGAUCAYAGAAGUUCGACGUUUUCCAAGGCGUUAGAGAUGGGAAAAGAUUACCGCAAACGGACCAAAGCACUCGUCUUACGCGCCGCUAUUUUACGUAACCAGAUCGUAGUCAAGAGUCCUCCWAGRGACAGCACUAGUACUGAUGUGGGUGUGGCAUCAGGGACACGGUGACUGCCAGACUGGAGUAAAUCUGUAAUCUCAUUGGAGAAGACCGAGUAAAUGCGGAGAGAUUUAGCCUACAGGAGACCGUCAAUACCGUCUUAUAUUGUCGCAAAACUGAUUCAKUAAGCCCAGAACUUGUUCACACUACCUUUUCGUGGUGUUUUCAGACGUCGAAUGUCACUUGUGCCCAAUUUWCUGCRCAUGUAUUUUCAAAAUUUGCUUUGAAUUCGAAACACGUGAGAUUCGAGUCUCAUUCAGGCUGUAAUCACGAAAUACAUUGCUAAAGCUCUCUUACCGAGAGACGUUUUUAGCGCAGUUGAGUUAAAACGAUAUUUAGGUUAAAAAGAAAMUUUUCCUCACACAAACUUUACCAUUCUUGUCGAAACUGAUGCUCACUUACCAAGCAUUGCAGUUUUUUCGAUGUGUARAUGUAAAGCUAUGGAGGAAUAAACCUGGCGAAGUCUCUUGUUGUUUUUCUCCUGACUAUUUUUUAGCUAAACAAAUACUCAAUAUUUCAUGUGGUAGAAUCGUCUGGUUAAUUAUUAACUACUCAAAGUUGUAAGAUUCCAUGUUGAAAAAAAAACCCAUCUAACUUUC